CGUUGAGAUGUGUAACACAUCGCCGAAUAUUUUUGGUAUCGUACUGACUAGUUAUGCCCUGUAUACGGUGUAAUGUAAACAUGGGUGCUUCUGAUUAUGGCAAAAUUACUAUUAGAACGCCGUGAUGAUAUCAUUUCGGCUGUUGAAGGACACAGUGUCGUUGUAGUUUCGGGUUGCCAUGUGUCUUACACUAGUACAUACAUACCCUUUUUUCUCUACAAGGCGGGGUUCACCACAAGCUAUAGUUGCAAGAGGACUCCACCAAAGAUAGCUGUUGCACAGACACAAGAUUCUGAUAUCGCAUCAAGUGCCAACCAAUGCUCCUCGUUGAUUGGCAAUCCUUCCAAGGUCUAUUCCCAUGUAGACUGCUUGGAAAGCUUUGUAUCAACAGCCGAUAUCGUCUACCUGAACGUACGGUGCAUGCUCAAGCUGCUGAUCAGCGAUCCGCUCCUAUCUGAUUACGGCGUAAUUGUACUUACUACUUUAGAAAAACGGCUGUUGUAUACAGAGACGCUGGUCCCACUAUUGAAACGUAUUUUGUACAAACGUUCACGGUUACGAAUAGUUCUAUGUUUAGAUGGUGGACAUGUGGACGAAUUUAUGGCCUUCUUUGGGAAGCGAAUCGAGCCCAUAUCUUCCAAUGUCACAGAAUCCGAUAUAACAAAGCCGUCUCUGGGCAAUUUGAAGCCACUUGGUAGAGUGUUUCACAUUAAUGUUGGCGUUUGUGGACAUUUGUAUGAAACUUUCUACCUAUCCUCGCCCUGCCCAAAUUACUUGGAUACAGCUGUAUCUACAGUAUGGAAUAUUUGCAAAAACGAGCCUACUGGAAAUGUGUUGGUAUUCUUGCCAUCUACUACAGAUAUAGAUACACUAUAUAACAGCCUUAUGGAAAGUGCUAAGAUAUUCCGUGAGCAGCAUCCUGGAAGUGUUAGCAUAAUUCCGUUGUAUCCAAAAGGCUCCAAGUAUGAUCAGCGUAAAAAGAUCUACCGCGGCUCAAGGUCUGUGUACCUUUGUUGUGACAUCGACAGUCAUCGUUCUCUAUUAGAUGUCGCGUAUGUCGUGGAUUGCGGCUUCAGUCGUCGUAGAGUCGCUGACUACAUAAACACCGGAACCGUAGAAACCAAGGUAAUAUCAACGCGUGACGAGAUGCGCCAACGUUCUAAUUUAAUUCGUGGCAAGGGCAAAUGCUAUAGACUGCUAACAGAAGCGGAUUUCAAUGACCCUAAAGUAAUGAUGGAGUAUCCUAUAUCUGAAAUGAAGACUAAUGACUUGACUUCUAUUAUUCUAUUUAUAAAGUCAUUAGGUGUUAAUGAUUUUACUCACUUCGAGUUUUUGGUGCAGCCGCCAAUGGAUGCUAUUGAGCAUGGGCUCACAAUCCUGUUCCUCUUGGGUGCUAUAGACAGCAACGGUGAAAUAGUUUAUCCGUGUGGAAACGUCAUGGCAGAAUUGCAUUACACGCCCAUGUUGUCAAAUUUUCUGUACCGAAGUACUCAGAUGGGAUGUUCGGAAGAGGCUUUGACCAUGUGUGCCGUAUUAGACGUCCAAGAUAUCGUACUCAAGCGUGGCAAUACUGAGUCUGUAUACCAAACAGAGCGUUUACAUGCUGCUAUGUUAGGGUUUGCCGCCAUGGAAGGUGAUCUAAUGUCAUACUUUAACGUGUAUCAGCUAGCACGGUACUAUCGAGAUGAAGACAGCAAAUGGUUAGGACGUCAUAUGAUAAAUGGUGCCGGCAUACGCGCUGCGGAGAAGAAAAGAGCUCAAUUAUCGGCAAUUUUAAAAAAGUAUCAGCUCCCUUUGGCCAGUUGCGGUGACAAUGUUGAAUGUGUCAUGGAGGCAAUUUUCAAAAGUUUCUUUUUAAAUGUAGCAUGUAAAGAACACAUCGUCAAAAAUGUUAUAACAUCACGGCAACUAGAAUUAGAGGUCAAAGUAAAAACAAAGGUGGUUGACGAUGAAGGCAACGCUAUUUUAAGCAACGAAUUGCAGUCAUAUUUAAUGGUUUCCAGCCUUAAUACAAGCAGUACUAGGCGACUCUAUAUACAUCCCAGUUCAUUCCUCAUCGACGAACAACCUGAUUGGGUUGUUUUCAAUGAGUUACUGGAUAUGGAUGGCGAGCUUUAUAUGAGGGAUGUAACUGCCAUUCAGCCGGAAUUCUUGCAGAAAUAUGCACCUCAUUACUAUGGAGAGUUGAAAGUACAGCCAUAUCUUGUGGACUACUGACUUCUGCCGCG